CUGCCAUAAAUUUUUUUAACAACAGAUUUUUUAAAUAUCAAGUUUAUGUCUUUUUUAAAAAAUGUCUUUCGUAGUUUUUCCUUUAAUUACAUUGUUAAUGGCAUGUUCUUUGUGUAAAUGCAACGAGCAGCACACGAAACAAGAAAGUCUCGAUAACAAAACGGCAAAUGUAAAUAAGCAUAAUGAAAACCAUGUUAAAAACAAAAUGCACGAUGUGAAACACAUCCAAGAUAAAGAACACAUCAAGGAACACUUAAAAGAACAAAUCAAUGUAUCAGAAAAAAAAUUAAGUAACACCGAUCUUCAGUUCCAUUAUUUUAAAGUACACGAUAAUGACAACGAUGAUAAAUUAGAUGGAAUCGAACUUGCAAACGCAAUGGCGCAUUACCAUGACGACGAAGGUUCUGAAAAGCCGGAGGAAUACACAGAAGAGGAGCUUGCUGGUAUGGUCGAUCAAAUUCUAGAAGAAGACGAUUUAAACAAAGAUGGUUAUAUAGAUUAUCCAGAAUUCAUUUCAUCACAAACAAAAGAAGAAAACGAAGCCGAGUAAAAUCGUAAAAAUGAAAUCUUUAGUUUUUAAUGUAAUAUUUGUAUAUUUUUUUACUAAAAAUAUUCUUCAACAUAUAAAAUA